UCCUAGCGCUGCCCUUUCCUUGGCCUCUCUUCCAGAUGUCCUUCUACUUCUCGGACAUGGCAGUGCUGCUCUUUGACUUCUGGAGCGUCCACACCCCCACAGGGAUGGCGCUCUCGGUGCUGGUGAUCCUGCUGCUGGCGAUGCUUUACGAAGCCAUCAAGAUGGGCAAGGCCGUGCUGCUGCGACGGGCGCUGCUGGCUCUGCCCCGCAGCCUCAGCCGGGAGUUGCUGGCGGAGCCAGAGGAGGGGGGCACUGGCCCUGCGCAGGGCAGGUGGUUUCGGUACCACAUCGGCCAGACGCUGUUCCACGUGGUGCAGGUGGUGCUGGGCUACAUGGUGAUGCUGGCCGUCAUGUCCUACAACGCCUGGAUCUUCCUCGGGGCCAUCGCGGGCUCCACACUGGGCUAUUUUGUGGUGUACCCCCUGCUCGGUCGGGGCUAGGCACCCCCCCGGGAUGGUGGGCGAUGUUCUCCACACCCCCUGCUACUUUGUCUGGAAUAGCUGCUGUCACUUCUGCUGGGUCUGUCCUUGUCCUCGUGCUGUGUGGGACACAGCACCCCAGGGACUUGCUGUGGGGACCCUCGGUGCUGGCCCAACUCAGGUGGGGAGGCGCCGGGGAAGGGGAGCCCCGUGGCCAGCACUCUGCCACGCUGCCACCGCCACUGUCCUCGGCUGGUGGCUG